AUGUCCUAUUACGAUCCUUAUCAAGGUUUACCUCCUCAACAAUACGGUCAACCACCAUACUAUCCCCAGUAUUAUCCUCAACAGGAUGAUCAAAGUAUUGUCAACGGUCAAGAGAAUAUUCAACAACAGCAACAGCAACCAACUAUGGAACCGCCAGUUGCCAGUUAUGACCAAUAUCCUCAAUAUCAACCUGAAUCUCAAUACAAUUUUGUCAAUGGAAGUGGUUCUAGUGAUGUUACCAUUGGUAACGAGUUUUAUAAUGAUGAUGGCGUUUACGUUUCUAACCAAGUUGUCAACUCGGGUAACGGUAACGGUUACAUCAAUCAAGUUGUUCCUCCUCAACAACAGCAGCAGCAGCAACAACAGCAACAACAGCAACAACAAAAUCAAGGACAAUUCAAUCAAGGUAUUCAAUCUCACAACCAAUCAAUUGUUGGAAAUUCCGUCCCAACCACUCAAGGACAACAAGAAAUGUUUCAACAACAGGAAUCUUCUUCAGUUGCUCCUUCAAGAACUGUCUAUUUAGGUAACAUUCCUUCAGACAUUCAACCUAACGAAUUAUUGGAUUAUGUUAGAUCAGGUAUUCUUGAAAGUGUCAGAAUUCUUCCACAAAGAAACUGUGCGUUUAUUUCCUUUGUUGACCACCAAUCUGCUUUAUUAUUCCAUUCCGAUUGCAUUUUAAAGAAGUUGAACAUUAAAGGUCACGAUAUCAGAAUUGGUUGGGGUAAGAAUGGACCUAUUUUACCCGCUGUGUUGGAAGCUAUUCAACGUGAUGGUGCCACCAGAAAUGUCUAUUUAGGAAAGUUAAAUAACCCUAUUAGUGGUGAAGUUAUCAGUGAGGAAGAAUUGAGAGAAGACUUGUCUUGUUAUGGGGUUAUUGACUGUAUUAAAAUCAUUCCGGAAAAGGGGAUUGCAUUUGUUCAUUUCUUGAGUAUUUUGAGUGCCAUUAGAUGUGUGGCUAAUUUACCAUUGAAGGAAAAGUAUUCUGACAAGAAGUGCUUUUACGGUAAGGAUAGAUGUGCCUUCAUCACCAAGACUCAACAACACAAUGCUGCUCAAUACUUGGGUUUGGCUCCAGGUAUGGAACAUAUUGUCACUGCUGCUGAUCGUGAAUUUAUUUCUAGCGCUUUGGUGCAACAGUCUGCUGCUGCAGCUCAAAUUGCUACUCAAGCCGGUGGUGCUAACAACUUGGGCAACCGUACUGUCUACUUGGGUAACUUACACCAAGAUUCCUCGGUUGAAGAAAUUUGUAAUGUUGUUAGAGGUGGAUUAUUGCAAAGUAUUAGAUUCUUGAAGGAAAGACACGUUUGUUUUAUUACCUUUAUUGAUCCAAUUGCUGCUGCUCAAUUCUUUGCCAUGUGUCAAUUACACGGAUUAACCAUUCACAAUAGAAGAAUUAAGGUUGGAUGGGGUAAGCACUCGGGUCCAUUGUCCAAUGCGUUAUCGUUGGCUGUUUCUAAUGGUGCCUCAAGAAACAUCUAUAUUGGAAACAUUAACGAUUUCAAUUAUUACAAUCCACAAAAGUUGCGUCAGGAUUUCUCCAAAUUUGGUGACAUCGAACAAAUCAACUAUUUGGAAGAAAAGAAUUGUGCUUUCAUCAACUUUGUCAAUAUUGCCAAUGCCAUCAAAGCCAUUGAUGGUAUAAAGUCUUUUGAAGAUUACAAAGUGUUAAAGAUCAAUUUCGGUAAGGACAGAUGUGGUAAUUUACCAAGGCAAUUUCAAAAUCAAUCCAGUAAUCAAUUGGGUAGUUUAGAAAAUGGCUCUUCGCAAUCAUUUUCCGAUCACGAGUUUGGUAAUGGUAAUAACGUUCAUGAAAGAAGCACUUCUCUUGAACCAACCACUUCUCUUCAACAAAGUUUCACUCAACCACAACAACAAAUGGAUAUCUAA